UUCCGGUUGUCAGAUUGCCCCAGACGCGGCGGGGGCCGGGAAGAAGCCGUGUGGCCGUAGGUCGCGGUGGCCCCGGUGGUGGUGGGCUCCGAGUGGGCUCGCGUCAUCCUGCCCCGUCUGCGAUGCAUCCGCGGCGCCCGGACGGAUUCGACGGCUUGGGCUAUCGGGGCGGUGCCCGGGAUGAGCAGGGUUUUGGCGGCGCUUUCCCUGCAAGGUCCUUCAGCUCCGCGUCGGACCUGAGCCACUGGGUGACCACUCCCCCAGACAUCCCCGGUAGCCGCAACCUGCACUGGGGCGAAAAGAGCCCGCCCUACGGCGUGCCGGGCCCCUCCACCCCGCUCGAGGGCCCCGCGGAGGAACCGUUUCCCGGCGGCGGCGGCGGCGGCGGCGGCGGCGUGCCGGGGCAGAGUACCGAGCAGUUGAAUAGAUUUGCUGGAUUUGGUAUUGGCCUUGCAAGUCUCUUUACAGAAAAUGUACUGGCACAUCCUUGCAUUGUUCUACGCCGCCAAUGUCAGGUUAAUUAUCAUGCUCGGCAUUACCAUCUCACUCCAUUUACAGUCAUCAAUGUUAUGUACAGCUUCAACAAAACUCAGGGACCAAGGGCCCUUUGGAAAGGAAUGGGAAGUACAUUUAUUGUCCAGGGAGUCACACUCGGAGCAGAGGGAAUAAUAAGUGAAUUCACACCUUUACCAAGGGAGAUUUCACAUAAGUGGAAUCCUAAGCAAAUAGGAGAACACCUUCUACUAAAAUCCCUCACUUACAUGGUGGCAAUGCCUUUUUAUUCAGCAAGUCUAAUUGAAACAGUACAGAGUGAGAUCAUUCGCGAUAACACUGGAAUUUUGGAAUGUGUAAAAGAAGGAAUUGGAAGAGUGAUUGGCCUCGGAGUGCCUCAUAGCAAACGACUGCUCCCACUUCUUUCCUUGAUCUUCCCUACGGUGCUGCAUGGGGUUCUUCAUUACAUCAUCAGCUCAGUCAUUCAGAAGUUUGUCCUCCUAAUUCUAAAGAGAAAGACUUACAGUAGCCGUCUAGCUGAGAGCACUAGUCCGGUGCAGAGUAUGUUGGAUGCUUAUUUUCCAGAACUUAUUGCUAACUUUGCUGCCAGUCUUUGCUCUGAUGUUAUACUUUACCCAUUGGAAACAGUUCUGCACCGCCUUCACAUUCAAGGAACACGCACAAUCAUUGACAAUACAGACCUUGGCUAUGAAGUGCUUCCCAUUAACACACAGUACGAGGGAAUGAGAGACUGUAUCAAUACCAUAAGGCAGGAGGAAGGAGUGCUCGGUUUUUAUAAGGGGUUUGGUGCUGUUAUAAUACAGUACACACUGCAUGCAGCUGUUCUACAGAUUACCAGAAUUAUUUACUCCACCCUUCUUCAGAAUAGUGUUUGAGGUUUAAGUUUCUGGUUAGGCUAAAAGACAUAAUCUGGAUACUUCGUUAUGAAAUUAUGAGAGAUAAAAGUGAAAUACUGGGGGGGAAUGGAUUAGAAAGCAAAACUGGUAGAAAAAGCCCAUGCUGAUUAUAUUGACUCUUCAUUUUUUAAAAGGCAUAGGUACAUAUUUUGGAUGAAAAGCGUUCCAAAUUUGAAACCUCCAUGAAAGUGACACUUAAUGCAUUGAAUUCUAGCUAGUGUAGCACUCAUGCUAAGCUAAACAUGAUCCUGGGCAGAAGGAAGAAUUGGUCAGCAAACAUAAAGCAGAAUUUCACAGAGCUGAAUUUAUUCCAUCUGACUUUAAUAUUUAUUAGAAGUUUAUUUCACCUUCUAGAUUGAUACUGCUAUAUCAUCCUUAAUAUAGUAUAUAUAUAGUAUCAGUAUCGUUUAUCUUUAAGUAAAUAAACUAUCAUCAAUGAUAAAGAUGAGAAGGGCUAGAUUUGACCAUGUGUAAGCAGGACUUGAAGAGUUUUAAAUUGCAUUGUCCCUGUAUAACUUUUUAAUGGCUGUAUAUUUAUUAUAUAAAGCCAUUUAUGUACACACACGAAACUCAAAAUUUCCUUCAUCUCUACAAAUUUUCCACUCUGAGAUCAGCUUAUUCCAUAAGAUGAAGUCAUGUACUUUCUGCUUGAAUAUCAGAACAGAACAUUAAAACACAAGGUACCCAAAAGAUUUAAGGCAAACAGCAUAUUUGUCCAUAUCCAAACCCAGCGUUUCAAUGCCAGCAACUGAAAAUUCGUCAUAUGUUUAUAAAGCUUGAUUUGCUUACCUAGAUAUGUGAAUCAUCAGGCUGUUUAUAGAGCCACUCCUAAGAUAGAAUACAAAAUAAUCAUGACAACUAUUACUGUUUCCACAUUUACAAAUUGUGUCCUGAAAGGAAUGUGACUUGCCUUAUAUUUCUGAACGACUUGUCUUAGAGGAGACACAAUUAAAAUUCACAUGAAAAUAUGUGCCUCUCGCCUUCCAUAUAGUCGUCAUUAAAUAAUGGCUUCAGUUUUUAUUUUCUUCUAGUUUAUGUUUAUAGUUUCAUUCUCCAAACUAGAUACACAUAAAGGGAAAAACAAGUUUAUCCGUAUCACCUUUUAUUUAAACUUGUUUGAAUGAAUAAUGAAGAAAAAAUAAAAACCUUAAAGGAAGUUUGUCCUUGCUUUUUAUGGAUAAGGAAAAGAAGUAAAUCUCAAAAGUAAUAAGCAAAAACAUGGUUGUCAGUUCGUUUAAAAAAAAAAAAUUCUGCCUGUUCCUAAGUUGAAGUUGGUGGGUGAGGUUCUUUGCAUAAUAAAAUAAUAAGCAUUUCACUGAUCCAUCAUUAAACAUACUAGAAUUUCAUUUCCUCACAGGAAUGAUCACAGUUUUAUUACAAACCAUUUAGCACACUGCAGUGCAGUGAUUUUGCACUAGUGUUGUCCAACCUAAAACAGAUUUACUUGCUGAAUGUCAGUGGAACAGUUACUUUUUGUGAUUAAUAGUUUUAGAACCAAAAAAUGGUAUCUAAAUAAAGUGUCAAACUGUACGUAAAUAGCAGCUCUGUCUAUGAUCUCGUGUGGUAUGUGUGUGGUUUUUAAAAAUCACUACACAUGUUUUCCAUUUUUAAAUUCCACCAAGAGGGGAAAAUAAAAUUAAACACCACUGGUCACAUGUAUUUUCUGGUUAAUCUUUUAGAUCAUGGUUUACUUUGCCCUACCCAUGACACUUAAAUUGUUUUCAAUGCUUUUGAACUGCUAAGUAAAUUUUUAGAUGUUUAUAAUCUGUCCAACUUCCAAUCAUUUUUAUUAUAAUCAAAGAUUGUUUCAAAUAAGAGUAAACUUCAGAAAAUUUCAAGUUUCAGAAAAUUUCUAGAAAAACAGAAUCUGGAAUCAAGUAUUCACUAAUGAAAAUCCAUGAGAUCCAUCAUGUAGUUAAAAAUCGGUUAUUUCAAGAUUUUUGACAAAAGUUAGUAUAAACAUUCAGUUAUAUAAAUCUGUCUCAUUAUAGAAUCACUACAAGAUGGAUAGUCUGAACCACACACAAGUAAGGUUGGUCUUUUGUCUCUUCGGAGACAGAAUACAAAUUAAUAUUAAAAUUGGAAUGUGGCAAGUAAAAUACUAAUUAUUCUUCACUGCCGUUCCAAAUUAGUUGAAGUAUAAAAAUCCUUAAAAUUCAAGAACUUAGAUGCUGGCCAAAUAUACUUGAAUGAAUUUAGAAAGGAAUAAGUGUAAUGCAUAUUAGGCAUACUCUCCCUUUUAAGAAAUUGCUCUUCGUUCCUUAGCAUAUAUGUGCCAAAGUCAAAUAUCCAUUGGCUACAUUUUUUAAGGUGAUAAUAGCUCAGAAUAUUUUUAAUUCAGAUGAUUAAUAGUAUCAUGAAUAAGAUUCUAUUAAAAUGUUCCACAGGCCCAAUGGUCCUCUUACAUAACCCAGCUUUUGGCCAUGGGGCUGAAGUGUGAUUUGCUCGCUUUACGUUGUAGGAUUUCUUUCAUUUGAGUCAAAUAGUAUGAAAGUGAUUGCGUUAAAAACUGAAAAACCUGGUAAAUACUGAGUAUGUUAAGUGAAUUUAUGAAUUGAUUUAGUGCAUUUGCACAUAGAUUUCUUUCCCCUGAGCUACCCUUCUCUAUUGUAUGAGCCCUUGAAAAUAUAACCCCUAGGAUUUUAAAGUUUAUUGAAGCCUCCAAACUCCCAGCACUAGAUGUUAUAUAUAUGAAACAGUAAAAACAAACUGAUUUCAAAAUGACCAAGGUUUGGGGGAUCUGAUAACUCGGCCAAUGUUUUCAGAAACAACUGGAGAGUGAAGAAUCUCACUCACUUUUGCAAACAUGCCUGACUACUCACAGCUGUCUUUUUAGUACAGGUUUUGUUAACAACUGCACAAAGCAUUCACUUUACUGACUCAGCACGAAUGCUUCAAUAUUUCUGUGUAUUCAUAUACCUGCUCAGAAAACAAAACACACUGCUUUUGUUCUUUGCAACUGAGAUUGUGGAGGAUAUUUGCCCUCAAGUUUGAUUGAUCUUUUGGAACAUGAAAGACUACUCUGCCAGCUCUUAAAAAGACAGGUUUGAAUGAAUUAUUUUCAAUAAUAUGUAAGCAAAUAAAAUCCCCUUGGUAGCAACUCACAUUGCAUUAGAAUUUGAGUGAUACUUUGGCAUCUCUGUUUUCUCUUCUCUUUCAAAUAAUUGCACAGUUCUCUUGCUCUCUCUAACAUAAACUGGAUGUGUAAUGUCUUUCUUUUGAGUCACUCAUUAAUGAGAUACCAAGUUGUAUAGCACAGUAACAAAAACUUGUGAUACUAUGAGUCUUACACAAUAUUACCUCAGCUACAAGAGGUGUUUGUGUGUGUUUUUAAGUUGUUUUUGUCUAGUAUUUUAAAUGUUUUCAGCAAAUUGUGUAAUAUGAAAAGGUUCAAUAAAAUAUUGAAA